AAUAAUUGUUGUUUCAUUAUUUUCAAUAAUUAUUUUUGAGUAAUUUACCUCUUGUUUUUUUUUUUUUUAUUUGAGGUUUUGGGGAUAGAUUGAUUCGUUUUUGUUUUUCGAUUUUGUUUGAUGGCUAUUUGUGGAUUGCUUGAUUUAUCAUCUGACAAGAGGUUUCAGGUGAUUGAUUUGCUGAAAUUAGGGUUUUUCAUCGUUUCUGCAAAUCGAAUGGUUGUGUCGAUUUCUAGUUUACAAAAUUCAGGACCUUUGAAAUUUGAAUUCGAUUGAAGUUAGAAGUUUGAUUAGGGUUCGUAAUUGCGUUCCUCCUCUAAAAAGAAUUACAUAUAUAGAUUGAUAAAUCUCUUUUAAUCCGAGUUUCUGAAAGAAAUAUGGCGGAAUUUGUUUUUUUAUAGUUACGGUUUUAUAGCUGUAUAAUUCGAGGAAAUUCGCAAUUUAGGUUUUUGAAUUAUCCAGAAUUAUUCGGGGGAUUAGUUUAAUUCAUUCGCGUAUAGAUUUUUGAAAGAGGGAAACGAAAAGCUAGAGGUAGUGGCUGGUUGUAGAAUGGAUUGUAAGAUAUACGCGCCGCCGUCCGAUGAGUUUUGGACAAGGCAUUCCGGCGGUGGCGAUGGUCGGAGCCACGACAGCGAGCAUGAUUUGGCAAUGAUGGUUAGGGAUUUUGUGGAGAAUGGGAAUAGUGGUGGGACUGACUCAAAGUACAGCAGCGACAGCGAUUCUAGUCUUCCCGAUCUCCCUCAGCUGGCUGACAAUAUCUCGUAUCUCAAAUUGAAGAUGGACCAAUAUGAGCAUGAUCUGUCAUCGAUUGUCAAUUCUCUCGCUCUUUCCAUCGAGGAGCGUGACCUUAUUGCGGCAAAUCCCGCCCCCUGCAGCGCCAGCUGCAUCAGAUUCUCCCUUGUAAAGCUUCUGAGGCUCUCUGGUUUCGACGCUGGAGUGUGCACAUCAAAGUGGCAAGGCAGCGGGAAUGUUCCCGGAGGCGACCAUGAAUACAUCGAUAUAGCCCAUUGCUACACCGGCGCCGGAGGCAGAGAGCGACUGAUUGUUGACGUCGAUUUCCGAAGCCACUUCGAGAUUGCUCGAGCAGUGGAAUUCUACGACGGGAUACUGAACUCCCUCCCCGUCAUCUUCGUGGGAUCUUUCUCAAAGCUCGAUCAGUUUCUCCAAGUAAUGGUCGAUGCUGCCGUAUCUUCUUUGAAGCAGAACUCCAUGCCUCUACCUCCAUGGCGAUCGCUCGACUAUCUGCGAGCCAAGUGGCAGUCGCCGUACAAUAGGAAAACCAAUUGGGACGACGAUCAUGAUCAGAACUGUAACGACGCUGCCGUUUCCAAACAUGGUAAAUGUGGCGGACAUCUCAGAAGCCUCCAUUUGUCUCUCCUAUCGGAAAUCGAAGCAGAGAGAAUGGUGAAGUCGUUAAACCGCGACCGGAGGCUGCUGAAAUUCGAGCACCACCGGAGACGGCGUCGGACUUUGAGCUAGCUGUGAUGCAUCUUAUGAGGUACUUAAAACUCCUCCCUUCGUCUGUUGAUUUUUUUUUUUUUUUUUUCAAGAACUGUAUUGUUUUUGGAACUGAGUUUUUUCUGUUGAGGCGUUUUUUGAAGAAUAAGUAUCCUUUUUUUUGACUGGGAAUUUUUGGUACAAAUAAAAACUGAUUCUUUAUAUAGGUCAUGUGUAAACCAUCCAUGGCAAUGUUUACAAUUCAUUUUUGUUGUGU